AAACUAAAUGAACGUUAAAAGACGAAAUAUGAAGAGUCGUCACAAUUAUAACUACAAGUUCCAGUCUAGACACUCUUCGGUCGUCACUCAGUGCAUGUAAAAAUGGAGAAAAAUGGUGGAAUAGCAAUCGGAAUCGAUCUAGGCACAAAAUACUCUUGCGUUGGUGUUUGGCAACAUGAUCAGGUUGAAAUCAUUCCAAACGAGCAUGGCAACAGAACUACACCAUCUUGUGUUGCUUUCACCCAUUCCGAUCAUCUUAUAGGCGAUGCUGCUGUAGAUCAAGCUGCUCUUAAUCCCUUAAAUACUAUCUUUGAUUCUAAAAGGCUGAUGGGUAGGAGGUAUAGUGAUCCUUCAGUACAAAGUGACAUUAGCCUUUGGCCAUUUAAAGUUGUUUCGGGUCCUAAUGAAAAGCCAAUGAUUGUGAUUACCUAUAAAGGUGAGGCAAAACAGUUUACUGCAGAGGAGAUCAUGUCUAUGGUUCUCAGAAAAAUGAAGGAAAUGGCUGAGGCCUACCUUGGUACUGCAGUAAAGAAUGCUGUUGUCACUGUCACGACUUUUUCUAACAGCUUCCAGCGGCAAGCUACAAAAGAUGCUGCAGACAUUGCUGGCCUUAAUGUUCUGCGUUUUAUCAAUGAGCCUACAGCUGCUGCCAUUGCUUAUGGCCUUGACAAGAAGGCUACCAUAGUAGGGGAGAAGAAUGUGCUCAUCUACGAUCUCGGUGGUGGUACUUUGGAUGUUUCUCUACUAACAAUUGAAGAGAAUAUAUUUGAGGUGAAGGCUACAGCUGGUGACACUCACCUGGGAGGAGAGGACUUUAACAAUCGUCUUGUAAAUCACUUUGUGCAGGAGUUUAAGAGGAAGUGCAAAAAGGACUUAACCAGAAAUGCGAGAUCUCUUAGGAGGUUACGGACUUACUGUGAAAGUGCAAAGAGAACCCUCUCUUAUACUGUCAAGACGGCAAUUGAAAUUGAUUAUUUGUAUGAAGGUAUUGAUUUCUGCACAAGUAUUACUCGUACUAGAUUUGAAGAACUUAAUAUGGAUUUGUUCAGGAAAUGCAUGGAGCCUGUGGAGAAGUGUUUAAGGAUUGCCAAGAUGGAUAAGGGCACAAUACAUGAUGUUGUCCUUGUGGGUGGGUCUACGAGAAUCCCAAAGAUCCAGCAGCUAUUGCAGGAAUUCUUCAAUGGAAAGGAGCUCUGCAAAAGCAUAAAUCCUGAUGAAUCUGUUGCUUAUGGUGCUGCUGUUCAAGCUGCUAUCUUGAGUGGCGAAGCUAAUGAAAAAGUUCAGGACCUAUUACUGUUGGAUGUUACUCCUUUGUCCCUUGGGAUGGAGACGGCUGGGGGAGUAAUGACUGUCAUAGUCCCUCGAAACACACGUAUCCCUACAAAGAAAGAACUAUUUCUCCCGAAACGUGAGGAUAACGAGCCUGCAGGGUUGAUCCAAGUAUUUGAAGGUGAGAGAACAAGGACAAGGGAUAACAUUAUGCUGGGAAAAUUUGAACUCUCUACUAUAUCUCAUUCCUCAAGGGGUGUACCAGAGAUUACUGUCUGCUUUGAUAUCGAUGAGAAAGGUGUGUUGGACGUUUCUGUUGUGGAAAAGACUACUGGACAGACAAAGAAAAUAACAUUAAAUAAUAAGGGAAGAUUUUCUAGUAAAGACAUAGAAAAAUUAGUCCAAGAAGCUGAGAUGUACAAAGCUGAGGACGAGGAGCAAAAGAAAAAGGUUGGAGAGAAAAGGAUUAGGGCGAAGAAUGCAUUGGAGAACUUUGCAUAUGGCAUGAAAAAAACAAUCAGGGAUGUUAAGAUGAAGGUGUACAAUGCAGUUGAACAGUCAGUUCAGUGGUUGGAUGGAAACCAGUCUGCGCAAGCAGAGGAGUUUGAGUACAAACUGAAGGAACUGAAGGAGAAAUGCAAUUUUAUCAUUGCCAAGACAUAUGGUCCUGGUGCGGCUCCUAAUAUGGCAGGUGGCAAGGAUAAGUAUAACUCGUCUGCUUGUGCAAGUGGUGAAGGUUUCAAGAUCGAGGAAGUUGAUUAAUUGUGAAAUUUUUAUCAAAAUUAUGUUAAUUUGUAGGGUUUCUUUAUGAAAUGUACUUAUUUAUUGAUUGUUGAGUAGUGAUGCAUUAUGAGUCUAAGCUAUCUAGCACUUUCCUUUUCAGAUAUUACCUGUUGAAUUUUUGUGCUGGAAUGUUUUCAA